UUUUUUUUUAUUUUAUUUUUUCUCUUUUUUUGUAUUACAAAAAUAAUGAAGCUUUUUAUUGUUUUUAUACUUGCUUUUAUGCAAGUGGCAUUUGCUCAUUUUGAACUGCUUUAUCCACCUACGCGUGGAUUCAAUGAAGAUACAGAAUCAACAACACCUUGUGGUGGUGCUAACACAGUCGGCAACCGUACUCAAAUGCCUUUGUCGAAUGCUUUUGUCCAAAUUUAUUCCUCUCAUCCUGUUUAUCAGUAUGGAAUUUACAUUGUGGCCAAAAACAAUCCUUCUGCUGCUGACUUCAAUACAAACUUGACUACCAUUGGAAGUGGAGGUCGUAAUUAUCCUGAAGCUGCUUGUUUACCUUUGAAUCUCAAUUUGGAUCCUGGUAUUACAGCUGGUACAAAUGCUACUCUUCAAGUGCAAUACAAUGGUGGCGACAGUAUUCUAUAUCAGGUAUACUUAAUAUGGUUAUCAUCUGACUCUAUUCACAUCUCAUGUAGUGCACAGACGUAACGUUUACAGAUGCUCCUUCUGAUUGGAACGCCAGUGCAUGUGUGAAUGCCAGUUCCAAUAACAAUGCUACCAAUGCUAUUUCUGCUGCCACUCAUCCGUUCUCUCUAUCUAGUAUAUGGACGCUUUUCUUAAUAGCUAGUAUUUCAUUAUUUAAUCAUUAAAGACAUCAUCUGUAACAAA